AUGGCGGUCCUCUUUGACAGCCCCACAUCUUCCGCUUUGCGCAGAGAGACCUUGCAGACCUACAAGAGCAGUCGCAGGUGUCCAGUUGAUCUCCAACUGCAGAUGCCGAAAGCUCAACAGGCCUGUGAUGCCAUGGGCUACAGCUGGAAGUGUUCUCCAGACCACGAGGCUGACGAUUUGAUUGCUACACUCACCUGGGCUCAUCAUGAGCAACGAUCAGUGAAGAUCGCUUCCGCAGACAAAGACUUGCUUCAGCUCGUGAAUGACCGGGUCAGCCUAAUCACUUGUGCUGAUGAUGGCUGUAAAAACAUCGACGCGUCGGAGGUCAUGAGAAAAUGGGGCGUACGACCUGAUCAGAUGGGCUAUUUGCUUGCGCUCAUGGGCGACUCCGCCGAUGAAAUCCCUGGCGUCCCGGGAAUCGGCCGAAUACGUGGCGCGCUGUUGUUGGAGCACUACGACAGUCUGGAAGGGAUCCUCGAUGCGGCGAUGAAGGGCCCUUUGGCUGGCAUCACUCCCAGGCUUCAGAAAAGCCUCGUUGAGCAUGGCCCCAGAGCACUAGAGCUCUAUGAGAAGGUGGUGCGGCUGAAGGAGGUGCCCCAAACCGAGCUGGAGAUCCGUCUGGCCCCGCGGAACGAGAAGUGGCGCCGGGAGGUGGCCAGGUUUUGCGACCGGGAGGACUUUUUCCAGCUGAAGCAAAGGCUUUGCAGCGACCCGAGUUCCAUGGAAACCAGCGACACCGGGGGAACACUUGAGGUCUCAACAUUGGCAGAAGCCAAGCGUGUGAUCAACAUGUUCCAGUCCUGCCCGAUCAUCGCAGUUUCUGUGGAGUUCCGCCGUGGGAGAAAGUUUCUCGCCAUCUACGGGGGUCCCAACAUUGAUCUUGGAAAUGGUGAAACAAAAGCAUUCGUGGACUUGCAUGGCAAGGGCACGAGCUUUCUGGCAGCCUGGUGGCAAUUCUUCGCCUCGCCGGUCAAGAAGGUCUAUCACUGCUUUGCAGAUUUCCGCAGGCUCAUGGAGUCCGUCAAUUCGGGCUUUGAUGGGCAGCUAGCAACGGGAUUUUUGGCCGACGUGAUGCAUAUGGCUCGACUUUGGGAUCCUUCUUUGGAUGAGAAUUGCAAGCAGAAUGACGUUUACUCGGUUGCUGGGCUUGCCAGGCAACUGGAACUGCUUGGUGCCAGCUGGAGGCUUGAGCCAAUGAUCAAGGCUGGGGAGGACAGCAACGACAAAUGGAUCCAGUGCUGCGGAGACAAAGCCGCUGCCAUUUUCCACUUGCACCAGAAAUUGGUGCAGUUGCUGAAGCAGCAGCCAUGGGAGGCUGUGGAGCAGCCAGGAUCGACCAUGCUGGAGUUCUACCAGCAGCACUGGCGGCCCUUGGGCAAGCUCUUGUCCGACAUGGAGUUCCGCGGCAUGCCCUUGGACGAAGCGAGGCUGGCGGAGCUUGUCGCAGACACCCAAGUGAACCAGGACAAGCUGGAGAGCGCCUUUCUGGAUGCAGCUUCUGCCCGUUUGGGCGUUGCAUUGGACUCUUUGGAAGGCUUGAAUCUCAACUCCCCGCUGCAGCUUCGACACCUCUUCUUUGCCGCAGAGGAGAAGGACUUUGAGAGUCUCCCUGUGGAGACGCCUUUGCCCGCAUGGGUGCCCUUGGACGCUAAGGAGCUCCAAAGCCUGAAAAAGCCCGAGCUUGAAGAGCUUUGCCGAGAGAAGCAAUGCAAGCUCUCCGGCCGGAAAGCGGACCUGAUCAUGCGGCUCUCCCAGCCUGAGGACCCCCGAAAGGUCCGAAAAGUGCGGAAGACGAUUCGGAUCCCGGGCAUGGGCAUCAGUCCAAUGAGCGCCACGCCCCGCGGGGACCCACAGGUCACACUGGAGACGCUGCAGAAGUUGCUGGACGAGAGAGCCAGCGAUCUGGGCAGUGAAGGAGAGAAAGCCGCAAAGGCGCUGCUGGAGUGGCGAAAGAUCGAGUCCCGGCUAAACUUUUUGAAGCCCCUGCAGAGCGCUGCCUGCAACGGCCGAGUGCACCCGCAGCUGAAUUUGAAUACCAUGACAGGCCGGCUUAGCAGCAGAAGUCCAAACCUCCAGGGGGAGCCGGUCACCGGGGAUGGCGACGUACCUGCAGUUCGCUCCAUUUUGGCAGCCCCGCCCGGGCGGCGCCUUCUGGUGGCUGACUAUGCACAGCUGGAACUGCGCUUAGUGGCACAUUUGUCGGACUGUCAGCCCAUGAUCGAGAUACUGCGCUCGGGUGGCGACAUUCACUCCCGCACUGCGUACAAGAUGUUCCCGGAAGUGAGCCAGGCAGUAGAUUCAGGAAGUGUUGUGCUGGAUGAGAGCGAGAAAAAGCAAGGAACGCUCGUGAAGGAGCAUUUUCCAGAGCUGCGCAAGAAGGCAAAGACCCUGAACUUCGCUUUGCUCUACGGCAAGACGGCCUUUUCCUUCGGCCGGGACUGGGGUGUCCCGGCAGAGGAGGCGCAGGCUGUGAUCGACCGUUGGUUUGAGGCCUUCCCGGAGGUGAGGGCCUGGAUGGAUCAAGCCCAUGAAGCCGCACGCAGGAAGGCCAGCGGGAAGGACCGGGCCACGCUGCGCACCUUGCUUGGCCGAAGGCGGCCGCUGCGGGGCCCCAUGCUCCACGCCAUGCGGGUGGCAGGCAACACUCCCGUGCAGGGCAGCGCCGCUGACGUCGUGCUCAGCGCCAUGUGUUUGAUCGAAGAAGCAAAGCUGAAGCAGCUGGGCUACCACAUGGUGCUACAAAUUCAUGACGAGCUGAUCCUUGAAGGACCCGAAGAGAACGCCGACGAAGCCCUGCAGGAGUUGAUCCGCAUCAUGGAGGACCCAUUGCCCAUGGAGCUGCGGGUGCCUUUGCGCGUGGACGCCUGCUGUGUACAGAACUGGCAUGAUGCCAAGUCCUAG